CAAGUUUCAAGUCAAUCAGAGAUCAAUUGACGAUUCGAGAGAAGAAACUCGGGCAUGACCUGAAGAAGAAUGGAUUUCUACCUCACUUUAUGGACAAAGAAUCAUGCAAGCUUGUUAUGAAACGAAAGAGGACGAGACUACGAGCGUCUGGGAUCAAACGGCGAUUGAUUCGGAGUCCGGACGAGGGAGAAACGAAGCAUUAAACAGAGGCUGAGCAAGCUGCACGGGCAGACCAGCGUGGCCACGCACGGCCGUGCAGGUAACCAGUUUGGCCGUGCGGGAUUGUGCGUGGCCACGCACGGGAUUGUGCGUGGCCACGCACGGCCGUGCAACAUACAAUUCUGGCCGUGCGAGUUGGCUGAGGUUCAACUAAUUGAUACGCCGCGUUUUGAGGUGCACGGCCAGAAUGGUGAUGUGCACGGCCGUGCACCCUGGCCGUGCGAGUCGGGAAUGGCUGUUUUUAACCCAAAUUCGAGCCAAAGGAGAGGGAGAGCUGGGUUUUGGAUCCCAAACACCCAAGGGACGAACCCUAGAGAGAGAGAGCGACUUGGGAACAUUCUUGGAGCUAUUUUGGAGGAUUUCUUCGCCAUUGGAGCUCGGGAAUCAAGCUUGGAGAUGGAGAUUGAAGAUCUAGAUCAGAUUUCUGCAGUCUCUCUCUUCUCUAUGGAGUAACUUCCCUUCACUUAGGUUUUGAGGAACCCUAGUUCCAUGAGUUAGGAUCUUUCUUGUAUGAAGUUUUGGAUGCUUUAUUGUUUGAUUAUAAUCGAUUGAGGCAUGAUUUAUUGAGUCAAUUGGAUCUUGAUCAAAUUCUCUUGAUUUCUGCUUUAACCUAUGAUAGAUAGAAUCUGAUUAGGUUAAGAGAGCUUCCUUGAUUGAUAGUAGUGAAUUGGUUGUGCGAGAGUCAAUCAAUUCACUGCUUUGUACUGGAAUUCAUUCCAGUAGUGGAGAUCUGUGUGAAUCGCCUUAGCAGUCUAUCCCGGUAAAGGCUAGUCGCCUGCCGGGUAUUCUGUCUGAGAGGGCUUGGUCAGCUUAAGAGAUUCCAAGCUAAUUUAGGAUCUUCCGCAGUUUAAUCAACAGUGGAUCAACCAAAGGUAAUUACAACUUGGACCUAAUUGAGGAGCUAGGGGGAAUCAUACCUAAGUGAGUUCCCAAACUGUAAUUAGUAGUUUUACUUAGUUUAGUUAGUAGAGUAGUUUAGUUAAUCAAUCCUUAAUCUAGUUUGCUAGAUAAUGAACUGAAGCUGAGUAAUAGUAACUCUAGAGACCCGUGGAUUCGAUAUUUAUUACUUGUGCCACUAUACUGCAGUCCCUUUCAUUGGUUACACUUGGCCAUUGUUAGGUGUUGUGUUUUAGAGCAUCAAGUUUUUGGCGCCGUUGCCGGGGACUUUCUAGAGUAUUAGGAAAGGCAGAAGUUUGUUACUUUAGCGUUUUUCUUUUCUUUUCUUUUCCACCCUUGCUUUUCACUUGGGUGUUUUUGUUUUUGUUGGUGCAGAUCUGAAUCAUGGAUCCUCAUGGCUUCUCCAAUCAUUGGGGGUAUCCACCACCAUCUGGGUGGUAUUACCCCGAGACUCCCUACAGCAAUCAAGGAGGAGAAGACUAUGGAUUCGGGUUCCAGUACCAACCCCCUUACUACGGAGAACAACCAGACCCCUGGGCAUAUCAAGAACAAUCUCCUUAUCAAGAAGAAUUCCUCCCACAACAAGAAGGGCCAUCGGAUCUGGAGUUACCCAUGGCGGCCUUCACGGGCCAUUCUGCAGAGCCAUGCUACACUCCACAGCCAGAUCCAAACUAUGAAUUGAGGCUUCUCGUGGAGCAGAUUGCUCGAGUACCUGAGAGAUCUUUUCCCGAGAUGGAUCCUCAUAUCCAGGCCAUUGCCCAAACUGACUUUUCCUUCCCCCGUGAAACAGAGGAUACCAUCCGGAGCAUAAAGAAGCACCUAGAGGUCAUUGAGAAAGCUUGUUCACAGUUUUCUCAAGACAACCUUUAUGCUGCCAUACAAGUAGAGGAGGAGGAAGAAAAAGGCAAUCAUGAGGAUGUUGAGGAGCAUACAGAAGUUGUCACAGAAAGCUCCCAUGAUAAUCAUGAUCAAGUGUAUCCUUUGGUGGUAGAUCAUAACUUUCACCAUUUCCGCUCUGACAUGCUGGGCUCGAGUGAGGAGAUGCAAGCUGAACUUAUCGAGAACCUUGCAUGGAGACUUGCUCUCCAAUUCGUGCUGGAAGAAGAAGAGCAAGAAAGGGUGCAGAAAGAAGUUGUGGAGGAUGAAGAAAGUGAAGCAGGAGGAGUUCUUGAUCUUUUCCCAGGGGUGAUACCACAUGAAGAAGAAAAGGGGGUUGAAAAAGCAAUUGGCGUCCAGGCUGAGGAUGAAGUUGAGGUGGAAGAGGCAUGCACCGGCCAUGAGUUGCAAGUAAUAUCCCCACCAAACUUUGAGGAACUGCUUGGCAAGGACCCAUUUGCAGUGUCUCUUUGCCAGACCAAGGCCACAUCGACAUCGGUCCCUCUUGGUGGACGCGAUGGUGGCCAAUCGAUGCUGUCAUAUCUGGUUUGGGGCAAUGAGACGAGAGAAGAGAAGAAGAGGUCUCUAGGGUGGAGACUUCAUCUGCAUCAAGUACAUGAGCCUUCCUCACCUGCCACACCACAUGCUCGUGACUUGAGACUCCACCUCAUCGACGAGAACCUCAACUUCAAGGAGGUUCUAGCAUGGACCGAAACUUAGGAGCCAUCGUCCGGCUCACGACAUGAAAGAAGCGCUUGCUGGGAGGCAACCCAACCAGUCGGUUUGCAUUUCUUUCUCUAUUUAUCCUCGGUUGAGUCAGUUUUGUUAUUUGAUUUUAGAGUCAAUAACUCAACCUUUGUGAGAUUUUGUGUGGUGUUUGUGUUCUGAUUGCUCUCUCUUCCUGGAAUGCACUGCCUGACCCGUACAUCAUCAUUCACCCUUGAUCUGGUAACUUCGUUCUACCCUCCUUAUCUUUCCUCCAUUGAGGACAAUGUCGUGCUUAAGUGUGGGGGGAUGUUCGAUUAUGUAUGCGGGUGAAUGUUUGGCUGUUUGUGUGCUUGGAGCCUAGUCCACUGUCCAAGUACGUGUUUCCUUGCAAUUGCCUGCUCAGUAUGCUUUGAAUUGACAGUCUUUAUAGUAAUAUGCAACCUAGGGAGGUAGUGUAGCACUAUGGAGGAUGUUGAUGCAUUUAAGGAAUCUCAUUUCUUCUUCAUAUCGUGUUGGUUGAUUGAGUGAAUUAGUGAUCUUAGGACCCUUGAAUUGUGUGGUGUUGUGGAUUCUCUACCUGUCAUGGACUCUUGUAUCAUGUUUUGAAAGUAACAGGUGCUCGAAAAUGUGCUUCAAAAUAAACGUCUCCCGUGCGAAUAGGGCGAAAGUGUGUAAGGGGAGACGAGAAUUCGUUCCCAAUUUCCACCUACUACCUCCAGCCCCCUUACAUGUCUUUCCCCCGCACGAGGCUCGAGACAUCCGCUCCUGGCAUGGCCGGUAAGAGCAGGUUGGGACCCUUGAAAAAGAAAAGAAAAGAAAAAUAUCAGAAAACAAGCAAAACAAAAAAAAAGGGGUCUCAACCAUCUUCAAGAAGCAGAAAAUAGAGCACCUUGAAAAAUGUGAGUCCAUGAUCUGUUGUUUUUGAGAAUCUCCUCAUCCACAAUUCAUUUGUCCUCUGUUCACUAUUUGCCAUGAUGCCGACUCGCCGAAGAAGUUAUGAGAUGACUUGUGCGUCGGUUGACCUCGUAAGCUGCUAAAUGAUCUAGGAAGUCCUCUACCUACGAUCUGGGUUGUUUGUUGCUAUAGAGGUCUGGAGAGUUGCAUUGGUUUGAGUUAGGUUUGCUUGGGGACAAGCAAACAGUUAAGUGUGGGGGGAUUUGAUGACUCGGUAUUUGCACAUGUUUUCCCCUUUGUUUCUUGAUUGUUUGAGCUUGAAUUAUUGCGUCUUUGGCCUAUUUUAUGCUAGGUUGUGUUCCUUUGUCCCAUUUCAGGUCCUAGCACAUAAAGUGAAGCAUAGGCGCAAGUUUCAAGUCAAUCAGAGAUCAAUUGACGAUUCGAGAGAAGAAACUCGGGCAUGACCUGAAGAAGAAUGGAUUUCUACCUCACUUUAUGGACAAAGAAUCAUGCAAGCUUGUUAUGAAACGAAAGAGGACGAGACUACGAGCGUCUGGGAUCAAACGGCGAUUGAUUCGGAGUCCGGACGAGGGAGAAACGAAGCAUUAAACAGAGGCUGAGCAAGCUGCACGGGCAGACCAGCGUGGCCACGCACGGCCGUGCAGGUAACCAGUUUGGCCGUGCGGGAUUGUGCGUGGCCACGCACGGCCGUGCAACAUACAAUUCUGGCCGUGCGAGUUGGCUGAGGUUCAACUAAUUGAUACGCCGCGUUUUGAGGUGCACGGCCAGAAUGGUGAUGUGCACGGCCGUGCACCCUGGCCGUGCGAGUCGGGAAUGGGUGUUUUUAACCCAAAUUCGAGCCAAAGGAGAGGGAGAGCUGGGUUUUGGAUCCCAAACACCCAAGGGACGAACCCUAGAGAGAGAGAGCGACUUGGGAACAUUCUUGGAGCUAUUUUGGAGGAUUUCUUCGCCAUUGGAGCUCGGGAAUCAAGCUUGGAGAUGGAG